AUGUGUCAAGGCGCAGAACAGUCAGUUGUCAAAGUAGUGUGGGUUAACCUUUUGGAAUUAACAUGUGUAUCGAAUUACAAAUGCUGCAAAAAGUGCAUGGUUCAGUAUAACCUCUUGGAAUUACCAUGUGUAUCGAAUUACAAAUGCUGUGGAAAGUGCGCGGUUCAGUAUAACCUCUUGGAAUUACCAUGUGUAUCAAGUUACAAAUGCUGCAAAAAGUGCACGGUUCAGUAUAGCCUCUUGCAAUUAACAUGUGUAUCAGAUUACAAAUGCUGCAAAAAAUGCACGGUUCAAUAUAGCUUCUUGAAGUAA